AUGAUGAUGACGUGCCGUCUGCUGUGCGCCCUGUUGGUGCUUGCCCUGUGCUGCUGCUGCCCGUCCGUGUGCGCGUCAGCGGAACCGGAGCCUAAAGUUGAUGUUCAAGCUUCCCAGACGACCACGCCGACGAUAACACAGCCACAAGUUACUGAUGACAAUGCUAUUGUUCAAGCUGUUGGAGAAGCCGCCGGUGAAUCGCCGCUCCUAUUAGAGGGAGCGCAGGGGGAAGGUCAGUCAGGACCGCCUACAACACCAGUGACUAAUCCGGCUGCGAUGCUAGGAGGAAAUGGCGGAUCGGGGCCGGGUGCGACUGGUACGUUACAGGCAGCUGAUAACGAUGGUACGACAGGGCCACAGGGUAGCAAGGGAAAACCCGCGGAUCAAGCGAAUGAGAACGCCGAAGGUGGUGUUGACACGACCACUGCGGCCAUCACAACACACGCAGCUGAUGAUGAGGAGAAGGUUACGCCUGAUGCUGAAGCUAAUACGAAAGUUACUAGUUCAUUGCUCCCUGCACCAGAGAACAGUCGGCCUGAGGCUGCUGAAGAGUCAGCCACUGAGCCGGCCCCGGGAAAUAUUGAGCCAGAGACACCAAGUACUACGACUACGGAGGCGCCAGCUGUGUCGACCACCAGCGCACCGUCGCGUCUUCGCGAAAUCGACGGCAGCCUCAGCAGCUCUGCGUGGGUGUGUGCCCCGCUGGUGCUCGCCGCAUCCGCGCUGGCGUACACCGCUGUGGGCUGA